CCUCCAGCACACAGACAGUCAAGGCUGUUCUGCUCACAGAGUGAGAGAGCGGGCGAAUGAGCUAGCGCCUGUUGCUUGGCUGGUGCUUUUUUUUGCUGGCAAUGAGUAGGGUUUGAUCACUGACAACAAACUAUUACAGAUUUUGCUUCUCCUGCUGGCUCCUCUAUCAGCCCAGAACGAUGGGUUUAACUGCUUCGUCGCCAUAGCAGCCCUCAAUGGAUUGUUCUGAGAAGUUACAAGGAGAGCGAGAGGAUCUGUUCAAAUCUGUGCGGGGAAACUGCUUUCUGAAGCUCUGAGCUUUACGGGAUUUUUUGUUUUUUUUGCGUCCCUCCAGCACAGCGAAGAGGAAACUGAAUGACCUCCAGAGCUGCUGGAAUCCAGCUGCCUGUGGAUUAUGGGUACAACUGCCAGCACAGCUCAGCAAACAGUCUCAGCAGCUACGUUUGAGAACGUUCACGGCAACGGGACCAUGGAGGACCGCCACUCACUUAGCAUCCACUCCUGCCAGACGGUUGGCCUCCACAACAACAAAGCCAAGUCCAUCAUCACCAACAAGGUGGCACCUGUUGUCAUCACCUACAACUGCAAAGAGGAAUUUCAGAUUCAUGACGACCUGCUGAAGGCCAACUACACAGUGGGGCGGAUUUCAGAGACCACGUUGGAACACUACCUUGUACAGGGGAAAUAUUUUAUGGUCAGAGAUGUAUACAGUAAAUUAGAUGUCUUGAACACUACAGGCAGUUGUGGAGCUCCAAAUUUCCGACAGGCCAAAGGAAGGUACGAAGUGUUUGGAAUGGGACAGCCCAGUCUCAAUGGAUUCAAGCAGGUGCUGCAGAAACUCCAGAACGAUGGGCACAAGGAGUGCAUCUUCUUCUGUGUUCGUGAGGAGCCUGUUCUGUUUCUACGCAUGGAAAAUGACUUUGUGCCCUACACGCCAAGAGGAAAGGAGAACUUGCAUGAAAACCUGCACAGCCUGCAGAGAGGGGUCAAAGUGGACAACUUGGAGCUUGCAAUUCGGAAAGAGAUACAUGAUUUUGCUCAGCUGAGUGAGAACACAUACUACAUCUAUAAUGACAUUGAACACUUCAAAGAUGAGCCACACUCCGUGACCAUCCAGCGUGAAGAGGAUAUCCAUGUGAUGGAGGAGGUGUACAAGAGGCCUGUCUUCCUGCUGCCCUCUUACAGGUACCAUCGGUUGCCGUUGCCUGUGGAUGGGGCACCUCUAGAAGCACAGUUUGAUGCUUUCACCAAUUUCCUCAGGGAGAGUCCAAACCUGCUCCUGCUCCAGGACCCCAGCAGCCUGCCUCCUGCUUUACUCUUCAGCUGUCAGACUGGCGUUGGCAGGACUAACCUCGCCAUGGUCUUAGGCACUCUGGUGCUUUAUCAUCGCAAGGGGGCAGCACAGAAACAAGACCUUCCACAUCCUGCUAAUACUUUGUCAAGGGACCAAUUUCGGGUUAUUCAGAACUUUAUUGACAUGGUACCAAAAGGCCAACAAAUCGUUGAGGAGGUGGACAGUGCCAUUUCCUGCUGCUCUGAAAUGCAUGACAUGAAGGAAGCCAUCUAUGAGUAUAAGAAGAAAUUGGAAGGGAUUGGAGAAGAUUACCAGAUUCAGGGGAGCAGCACCAAAGAGUAUUUCCUUCAAAGGACUUUGCAGAGCCUUGAGCGCUAUUUCUACUUGAUUGCUUUCAACUACUACCUUCAUGAGCAGUACCCCUUGGCCUUUGCCCUCAACUUCAGCAGAUGGAGGUGUGGGCACCCAGAGCUCUACAGGCUGCAGAUGAACAUGAACCUGUCAGAGCUCACAGUGACGGGGGAACUGAUAACAAAGGGGACGCGAGUGCUAGUGGUGGAUGAACGUUUCUCCCCAGAUGUGCUCAGCACUGUCAAGGAAAUGAGGGUAGCCAACUUCCGGAGGGUCCCCAAGAUGCCUGUGUAUGGGAUGGCACAGCCCAACUCCAAGGCUAUUGGAAGUGUGCUAAGCUACCUAACUGAUGCAAAGAGGAAGUACUCCCACAUCACGUGGAUAAACCUCCGUGAAGAAGUGGUGCUGGAAGGAAAUGAACAAAUCUACACCCUCCGGGAACCUGGGAUCCUGGAACAACAGAUUACGGUUCCUGUUACAUCACCUGAACAAUUAGAGAAAUUAGAGUUCACCUUGAAGAAUGACGUGCUAAAGUCCCAGAAGUGGCUGGAGGUGUAUCUGGAACAGGAGAAGCAGAUGAAGAUGUUUAAGAGUUGCCUGACCACACAGGAGAUACUUAAUCAGCACAAGAGCACAUGCCAGGGGCUGGUGUACAAACGAAUCCCAAUCCCAGACUUCUGUGCUCCCAAGGAGCAGGAUGUAGAUCGGCUGUUGGAUGCAAUGAAGAGUGCGCUAGCUGAGGACUCUCACACGGCCUUUGUGUUCAACUGCCAUAGUGGCAGAGGGAGAACCACCACAGCCAUGGUUAUUGCUGUCCUCACGCUCUGGCAUUUCAAUGGCAUCCCUGAGAUGAGUGAGGAUGAAAUUGUGAGUGUGCCUGAUGCCAAGUACACCAAAGGGGAAUUUGAGGUGGUGAUGAAGGUGGUGCAGCUUUUACCAGAGGGGCACAGAAUGAAGAAGGAGGUAGAUAUGGCACUGGAUACCGUGAGUGAGACCAUGACACCUAUGCAUUAUCACCUGAGAGAAAUCAUCAUAUGCACCUACAGACAGGGGAAAACAGCCAAGGAUGAGAAGGAAAUGCGGACGUUGCAACUGAGGAGCCUACAGUAUUUGGAACGAUACAUCUAUCUGAUCCUGUUCAAUGCCUACCUGCAUCUGGAGAAGAAGGACUCUUGGCAGAGGCCAUUCAGUGUCUGGAUGCGUGAGGUGGCAGCCAAGGCUGGAGUUUACGAGAUCCUGAAUCAGCUGGGGUUUGCUGAGUUUGAGAACCUAGAAGACAAGUCUCUCUCCAACCUCCGCUAUCGCUGGCAGGAACAGAGCCGUAGCCAACUUCCAUUCCGAGGGGAGUUCAUUUAGGACCCAACGCUGUGAGGCACCUUGGGAAUUUCUACGUUUCUCCAGACUUAGCUGGUUCUCUUGCUUUUUAUGGGUGGGGGGAGGGAGAAUUUGCCUUAAGGAAAGACUUUGUUUCCAGAAAGAUUGGAGGGGGAUGGGACACACCUUAAACUGACUUUAAAAAACAAAAAUUUAUAGUGUUCUGUUAGACACAAUAAAAAAUAUUGUAAAUUAAAUAACAGGUGUCUAAUUGAAAACAUUGUGUAACCUUUAAAAAAAAAUCUCUGAAAUGUUUAAAACAUAAUCUUUUGAAUUUAGUGAAUGUAUUAGCAGCAAGUGCCAAAUUUUUCAUGGCCUUCCUCACUUUCCCACUUUAGCAGUGCAGACUAUGCACUAUAUAUAGAGAGAGUCAUAUAAAUGUAAAAGAAUUUGCAGGCCAACUUGGGAUUCAUGAAGAAUCCCAUAGGCACUAGAAUGAGAUCUGGAUUUUUAUGUUUGUGCAUAUUUAUUACACUUUUUAAAAUUAACUUUAUUAACAAACUGGAGGUGUUUGAGUAAAAUAUAAGCCAAUAACUUCCCACAGCCCUGCUACAGUCAAAAGCCUUGUUUCCAGUGCCUGGUCGCUUCUGUUGCAGUAUGGCACCAAAGUUUCUGUUUAGCAAAAAGCCACAUUUUGUAGAUCCAGAAAUAAAAGAUGAAAUCUUGGUCCAACUGAUAUCAACAGGAUUUUUGCCAUUGAAAUCAGGAUUUCACACAAUGUAUCUAAAGCAAUUAAAUAAAACCUUCACAGAGGAAAUAAUAAAAAAGAAGGGAUUGGAAAGAUUAAAAAAGAAAACGAAUCAAGAGUGUUCAGAUAAGGAAUAAAGUCGCAUUCCCAUUAUCACAUCUGAGGGAGAGGCUGGUUGCAGAAGUUUGGUGAGCAGAAAAGGAAUAGUCCAGAGCUAGUAUGAAUAGGAUGACAAAAUAAGAUAUGAAGUACAAAUGCACAAGCAUGCAGUCUUCUCUUUCCGAAUCGGCUUUCAUCGGUUGCCAGCAGUUCAGAAGGUGCAUACAUCAGAAAUUAAAAAGUGAAUUUUUUGAAAACAUUAAAAUAUCAAGAGGUGUGUUUUAUAUUUGGAAUUGUUUCUAUUGCUACUCCAAAAUCCAAGCACCAAGGCUUCUGUUUAUUAAGCAUUUUAUUUUUGGCUUCUUUCUGGUGGAGCAUUUUGUUUUGUUUACUUUUUAUAAAUGCAAAGCAUCAGAUCAAGUAUUUUACAUCUCCAGCAGGAUAUUUUAGGGUUUGAAUUAUUUGCUGGUGAUAUAACUGAAUAGAUAAAUUGGUAACUUGCAAGAGGCAGUCACAAUUUCUUUUUCUUUUCUUACCUCUAACAGCCAUCUGACAGCAUAACAUGUUUUCUCAUCCCCUAUCGUAACUGAAAGGUGGUUAUGUUGAAGUGACAUAAAACCAAAUUAAACUUGCUCAUUGAAGGUAGUUUAUGGCACCCAGUAUCCAAAGAACUUUGAAACAGCCCUGUUCUUUAUUGAUUUCUGUUACAAACAGAUGUAUACCAAUUUUUGUAUUCAGUUCCUUUCCUUUCUUAUAAUGGAACAUAUACUGUAUUUUUUUGCAAAACUACUGUACAGCUGUAUGCCUCCACUUUGUUUCUAAAUUUUACGUGAUCUUUUGGGUUUCUCUAUGUGUGUGUUUAUUUCAUUAAGGUUAAAGAUCUUUGUGGGGAGUAGGGGGUGCCUAAAUACCUUUCAGGAUCUGUGCCUAAGUGUUCCCUGAUUCGCCAAAACAGUUUUUUAAGGAAUUCUUGUGACUAACCUGAUAACUUCAUGUUUUAUAGAGUGCUACUAACAAAUCUACCAUAUUACAGGUUUCCCGAAAGUUGUACCUUUAACAUUUCUUGUAACUGGGCAAAGACCAUUGUGUUUCUCCAAAUGGACAUUUUGUUCCUUAAAGGUAUGAUGUCUGGGGUGAAUUCUGACUCCAUUGAAGUCAGUGCAAAACUCCCAGUGACUUCAGUGGAGCCAUGAUUUCACCCCUCAUGUCCACAUUUCCAUAGGCCAUGAGCAUUCGAUUUAUGGUUUCAGAAAACCUCUCUCUUGUACAGAAUGUUGUCGAACUAGCUAUUGAAAUUAUACACUUACUAGAAACUGGGCUUUCAGUAAAUGAAAAAUUACUAUAAUCAUUUUGAUAGUGCUUUUGUUAUGUUCUCAAAUCCUAAAAGAAAAUCUGACAAUGUAAUCUGCAACCUUGCCCCUAUGAUUCACUAGUUAGCACUAACCUAGGCUACUUUACUGAUCACAUUCCUUGCCAAUUUCCCUGCUUCUCCUUUAAUUGAAAAGUAACUUUUUGUUUAGAUUUCCCAUUUGUUCAAUCCAAUGAAACUUCUGUGAUUCUCUUA